AUGUCGGAAACCAAUGUAGACAUCCCAACGGCCACAGGGGAUAAUCCAGUUGCAGAACCAACAGCCGAAAACGGUGACAAUAGAGAAACGGCGCCAGAAAAGAAAGAUGUGAUCAAAAACGAUGGCAAGCUUCUACUCACUGUCAUCAAGUACAACAAGAUAGAAGGAAAAGCAAUGUCCGGGGGUAAACUGGCACCGUCACCAUCGCAGCUGGCGACAUCUGCCCUGGCCAUCGUCAGAAUUUAUCUACUGAACGAGGGACAUCUCUCAAAGGACGAUGGGAACAAACCUUUCUGCACCAAGGAUGGUAUUGAAGUGACCGAUGAGAUUACUUUCGACAAUUACAUGGAGGAAAGCCCCAAUGCAUCGACGAGCACUUCUGAACAAUCUGGAAAUGCCGCCGAAGCCGAAGAGUCUCACGACAAAACCGCCAAUAAAAAUGCGAAACCCGUGAAACACAAUAUCUACAUCCUGACCAAGAAAAGGAGCAGAGAGUUGGACUCGAUCGCAGACGCAUUCAUCAAAAAGGGCGUUGACCUUACCAACACAGGGACAGUCGACUUUUUAGAGGCCCCGACUGGAAAGCCUCUGACUUCCAGUUUUGAGAGCAGCAGCUGGGCAGCUGAAGAAAGUAGGACUAUUGUUCAGCCUGUCAAUAUGACCGAAAAGGAAUGGGGAAUUGUCAUGCGUACCAAUAACCUCCUGUGCGGUCAGUACUUGCGAACUGGCCCCAUUGACAAAGUCAUCAAAGUCCAAGGCCAACCGGAUAUCAAACGACCAAGCACGGGGAUUGUUGAUGUAAAAAGAUCGUAUUAUUCAGUAUUUGCCGUGAAACCGAGAAUGCUGCCGGAAUACGACAUCACAUUCAAACUCACCGAAAAGGCAUCCAAGGAGAUGCAUAAACUCGGCAUUCCACAUCCAGGGCACUCUUUCCGCAUCCCCCGAUUCCAGAUAAAGGACGCGUCUCAGGUCCGCGUGUUCGAGACCAAGGGCUCUCUGGAAACAACAAUGGCUGAAAGUAGCUUUUCAUCAAAGUCGGUCGAUGCUGCUGUUGGCGGAUCGGGUUUUGGUUUCAGCGCUGCUGUAAAGGGAGGUGCGAGCUGGGGUACUGACGACAAGAGUGCGAGUUCCAAGUUCAAUGACUCGAGUUAUAUGCACGUUGUCUACGAGUUUCCACGCGUGGAGCUAAUUCUGAACGAAGAAAAUCUGGAAUUAAGUGACGAGUGCAAAAAGGAUGUUGAAAACUUGCGAAACAGACGUACCUUGAAGGAGUUGACUCAUUUUGAAGAGAGAUACGGCAACUUCUUCGCCCGCAGUAUUCACCUGGGAGGCAAGUUGAUUUCCAUCGAGGAAUCCGACUCUGUUGCGGGCUCUUCUGUGGAGGAGAAAAAGAAGAUGCUCAAGGCAGCAGCCAGUGCUUCGGUAUCUGGCUAUGGCUUCCAGGCCGAAGUCAACUAUAGCCAGACAGAGAACUCUGGGACUAAGAAAACGUCCACGGAGAAGAAAAUGACUCACUCCAUGUCUUGGUCGGCGAAUGGAGGAGAUACAACUCUCUGCAACAAUCCACCAAAAUGGUGUUCCACGGUGUCCGACUUCUAUAACUGGAGAGUCAUGAAGCAAGAUGAUGUCGUCAAUCUCUACGAGUUAAUGGGAAAACUACCUGGUUACGAGGACAUUCCGAAGCUGAUUUAUAACAUCAUUCAUCUGAACCCGGAGCUUACAAGUCUGGUCCAGUUUUCGCUUCAUCUGGAGGCUGGGAGCCACAACGGUCCUAGGGUUGUUACCUUUGGAGAGGACACUGAACGAGAGAUAGCGCCUCUGGACAUGGAUCCUCUGAACCACGAUCAGAACCAGAAUGCCCAGGUAAAAGUUACACGGGACAACAAGGGUCCGAAAGGGGAUAUUCAGGACAACGUGCAUUCCCUACGGCAGCAUCGGAAAGAGCUCAUCUCGGAGAUUAAGUUUUCAAAAGCAAAAGCCGGCGAGUAUUCCACCGUUUUUGGUAUUCCUAUCAGCAAUGACCAAUCCAACGUUUCCAUCGAGGGAAAGGAUAGCGCUGGGGUUUCGCAUCCUCGGUUCAAAUACGGCGUCAAAUACCCCAUCCACUACUUGGUUAAUGCAACAAACGGAGAAGAAGAAGAAGUUCUGCUGCACAGUCUUCAGAUCGGCGGUGACGGGUCGUCCAAACCCUUCCUCUAUGGCAAACACGAUACAGCCUCGAACAUCAUGGUUGAAUUCGAACCAAUCUACGAGACAACAAAGAAGAAGACGACACCGAUUGCCCAGAAUGACAAGGUCCGGCUGAGAUUUUCCUAUCUACCGACAGAUGCUGCUGUCCACCGCGUUUCAAAUUUCCGGAUGAAAGACGUCGAUGAUAUGAUGAUGCCUAAAAGUCAGGACCUCAAAACACUGGCUGCUCAGCUGCCUGGAAUACCUGAGCCUCGGCCCCCCAUACCACACCUCCCGUUUCAAUAUUAUUUGAAACCCCUUGAAAAAAAACGGAAGUGGGUCGCCGACUCGAUGAGGGCUUACGGAUAUAGUCCGAGUUAUCAAGCAACGUUGGAUAAACUUGAUCGAGAAAUCUCUAAUUAUAAAGGAUCGGACGCAUAUAAAAAGGCCCAAGCGGAGUACGAUGUUAAGCUGGAGCAUUACAACCGCGCCAAACUGAUAUAUGAUCAAAGGAUGAAAGAAUAUGACCAGAGUCUGGAAGAGAAACUGAAGAAGGCCAGACAGGAGACACGGAGUCUCAAGGAAGAAUGGGAACAGCAUCAGAGAGACAAGAACAAACUCGUGGUUUUUGAUGAAUUCACCUUCCAGGUGGAGUAUUGUGAUGCUAAAAACGGAAAGAACCUCGGAAAGGCGAUCGAAGCGGCUGAGAAGGCAUUGGCGGCUGAGAAGGCAGCGAAAGCCGCAGAAGCAGCUGAACAGGCCGCUGAACAGGCUGGACAGGCUGCCGAGGAGGCAAAACAGAAGGCCAAGGCAGCAGCAGAAAAGGCCCAUGAUGAAGAGGUUGAGAAACGGAAGAAAUUGCUUUUCCCUGGUUUCUACUUUCUUCAGGGCUAUGAGCAAUGGCUGGCACAGAAGAAGAAGCUCGAACGGACGGCAUGCCUAUUGGACGAUGGGAAGGCAGCCACACUGCGUGAGGAUAUAAAGACCAAAGACAAGAACAUGACGAUGUGUGCAGAGUGGGACUUGGACGAAGAUAUACUGACAGCCAUGUCUAAGAUCGGGGACAAUCCUUUCUGGGUCCCAGCAAUGGCUGUAGUCAAGGUACCCGGUACGCAGCAGAUUCUGCAUUACCUUGAACCGGUCCUACGAGCGAACACCGAGCUUCGGGUUGCAAACGCCGAACUUGGGGAGGAAUGCAAACGCAUGUCAGAAGCAUACAAGAACGUGGAGGCCAUCGCGGCCGAAGCAGCGUUAUAUCGCAAGGAACUGGAUGAAUCGCGGAAAGAGGUCCAUGAGCUCCACAAGGAGGUCGCCAACCUGAAAGAACUAAUCCAGUCGGUGUCAGUGGGGCCACCCACCACGUCGCCUAGUACUCAGGUCAGCAGCCCAGGAAGAAGCUGGGCAUCCAUCGUUUCGCAAUCGUCGUUAGCAUCGUCUAACACCCGGGCGGCGCACACUGGACUGGGCCUCCCUGCGGUGGUACUGGAUCUACGCUCUGCUAGAGAGGAUACCCAGACUCUAGUGGACGACCUCGCGCAGACACGGAAGAGGAUCUGUACCGCACUUCAGGAUGAUACUACAACUGCGGACGUCGACAUUGUGGGGGUAAAACCUACUUCGCGGUCUACGGUGAAGAUCUUUGUCGACUCGGAGGAAAGCGUCGCGAAUCUUCGCCAGGCAACGCACUGGUUAGACUCCCUACCACGUGCUAAGCUGCAGGGCGAACAAUGGUUCCCCAUCAAAUUGAACGAUGUCAAGAAGGAAAGUGUCUUUGAAGCGUCUGGGGCGCAACGGGAAGAUUUCGCAAGAAGCUUCCAAGACGAGAACGAUGUCUGA